AUGACGACGCCGAACGCGACAAACAGUUUGCUCGCCAAACAAUCGCACACGCCGGUCAACAAGCUUGCUCAAGCUCCUCGCAGCGUACCCUCGACGGCCGGCAAAGGAGCCCCCCUCACCACGGCGCAAUCACAGCAUGCUUCGGCGACAAAGGCUGGCACGGGAGGCAUCGCCAUGACAAGCAGCUUGAGCCAGACCUCAAACCCAAGCAUCCAAGCUCUCUCAGCCAUGACGCACAACCUCUUGGGCGCUUCGCCGUCGAACAAUCUGCUCGCUUUCGCAUCGCCCGCUGCCCUCGCCGGACUCGACAUGACCACCCCUUCGGCCUUGCUCGACGCUGCCACUUCACACCCAAUGAACCUGAGCUUGUCGGAUCUCGGCAUCCCCUCUGGCAAGCGUAACGAAGAUGAUGAACGUAGAAUGAAGCUAGACACGGUUCUCACAACGCUGCUCGGCCGCCAGAAACAGCGCCGCUUUGGUAGGGUCAGUGAGGAGGGCGUCAGAAGAGUCGGUCGUUGGGUAGGACUUGACGUCGAGGUCGAGGCUAAGAGGGAGGCGCGAAAGUUCGAGGGCAACAGACCCGUCGCUGUAGCUGGCAAGAACAACGUCUUGAUCGAUUUCCAAUUCAAGGACAACCUACCCACCCACGUCGACCUCUCCUUUUCCAGUCAGAACGACGCCGUCACGGCCCAUCAAUCUGCUGCUGCUAGCGUCCUACUCGAGGACCUUACGCCUCCACCUGCUGUCUCCGCCAUCAACACCAAUCUUGACAAGUUUGCUGCGAACCUCGAAACUCUCGCCAGAUUGGACAAACUCAGUGUCUACGAUCAACUCAAUUGCACAGAGGCAAUCACAGGCGUCUAUGAAAGUCUGAAGACGCUCUACGAGCAUGAGAAACAAGCCGCUCAAACCAUGGCCACAGCGAAACGUGGAGAUCCCGCUCUGAGAGCAGAGCGACACGUCAUGUGCAAGAGAAGUGGCCGCCCACAGAUGCAUGCGCGCAGAAGAAUUGGUCUGAGCCUUGACUACUGGAUGGACAAGAGCAACAUAUACCCCUCAAAUCCAGCUACAACGAGCGCAAAGAAGGAUGAGUCCGCAAUGGGAAUUGACACUAAAACUCCGGACAAGCCGGUCAAGGAAGCCGAUGAGACAAUCUUUGCUCUCGAGAUCACAGUUGAAGCCAGCACUCCUGAUCCUUACUCCUCGCUUCGUGUUUCGUUCUCUUGGAUCGCCAACCGGAUCCUCAAGUCUGCCGAGGAAACCACGGAUCCAACAGAUCUUCUCUCUGGCACCCAAAGCAUCGAUUGGCUAGAACCUGCCCCUACCUAUCUGUCCGACAACAAUCAAAACACUAGCGAUGUCAUGGCCAUUGACAACAAUACCAAUCCAGGCGCGCAAAAGUUACCAGCCGUUCGCUUUGUAGCAAAAUUGAAUCCACCGCUCGCCAUGCCCUGGACAGCCGCGAGCGCCAUCUUACAAUCUGUCGGUGCUGGCACUCUGAUGUCCGAGAUCCCCGAUCUUCAGCGUACUUACGAAGGAGCGCUACUCGACAAAACCUUUGACAUACCGCUGCUUAACAGGCCUGUGGUCCAGCCUUCAGGUCCCUCUACCUCUACGACGAUCAAUGUGCUUGCUCCUGAUGGCAAGCAUGUGGAGCAUAAAAAUGCGCUAUACGUGCCUAAGCAAGAUUUCGGCUAUGUGCUGACUUCCAUCCCAUUUGCACAUCCUCGACAGGUGGUAGCUUUGUUGCCGGUGUUGAGACAGUGGGCUAGUCUGGGAAGUCUUUUGAGAGGCACAUUUCUGCAGGCCAACAGUGUUGCCCCUUCGAAAUCCGAAACAGCUUUCUCGCUAGCUGAUUUGCUCAGCGGGACCAAUCUGGAUACUGGCAAUACGCUAUCGGUAGAUGUAUCUCUGUCCACACAACCCUCGCCUACUCUAGAAUUUGUGUUCCCGGUACAAGGAGCAGAGGGCGGAUUGGCGAGCAUCAGUGCAAAUGUCUCUGUUGAUGGCCAGAUCAUCGUCUUGUCGCAAAACGUGGCUCGAGGUAGUCAAGAAGAGCAGGACAAAGCUGCACAGAAGAUGGCAAAGGCCUUGGGGCUCGUUGGCGACAUUGGCGUAUGGACUGAGUGGAUCAGAAAGACAUAUGGAGCAUAA